CCGCAUCCGGCUGCGCCGGCUGUGCUCCUCGCAACCCCAUGGUUGUAAAGCCAGGAGACCUACCUGACCCACACGAGGAAACUGAGGCCCAAAGCUAGAAGUGACCUGCCUGAGGUCCCCAAGAUUUAGAUCCAGGCUGCUCCUUGCGACUUCAACUACACCAUCCAGCCAGUUGGUCAAGACAGAGCCCCAUAACACACCUCUAGAGACGCAUUCACCAUUGACCGAAUCAGGGCCCUGCUAAUACAACAGCUCCCAAUUAUUGCUGGUCCCUAAUUGGCAGAUCCACCACCCUAACUUCUGAGAAAAGGAGCCCAGCCCAUGCCUUCAAACACACUUAUCUCAAGAGCCACUACUCCCCCAAGUUCAAGCUCCCCUCCAGAAGAGAUGGCCCUACUUCCAAGGAAGACUCUGACCACCAAGGUGACGUAAGAAUGAUGGAGUGGAAGAAGCUGUGUAGGUCAGCCUUGGCUCAGAAAGCCAUGCCAUCUGAGGCCAUGGCACAGUUCUGAGGGAGCCUCAGUGGUUGGACCAACCUAUCAGGUAGCCUCUGGGGUGCAAGAUCAGGGAGCGGACAUGGACUUCGACUCGUAUCAGCACUAUUUCUACGACUAUGACUGCGGGGAGGAUUUCUACCGCUCCACGGCGCCCAGCGAGGACAUCUGGAAGAAAUUCGAGCUAGUGCCGUCGCCCCCCACGUCGCCGCCCUGGGGCUCCGGUCCCGGCGCCGGGGACCCGGCCCCCGGAAUUGGUCCUCUGGAGCCGUGGCCUGGAGGGGGCGCCGGGGACGAGGUGGAACCCCGGGGUCACUCGAAAGCUUGGGGCAGGAACUACGCCUCCAUCAUCCGCCGUGACUGCAUGUGGAGCGGCUUCUCGGCCCGGGAACGGCUGGAGAGAGUGGUGAGCGACCGGCUCGCCGCUGGCGCGCCCCGGGGGACCCCGCCCAAGGCGCCCGCCGCCCCGGACUGCGCCCCCAGCCUCGAAGCCGGCAACCCGGCGCCCGCUGCCCCCUGUCCGCUGGGCGAACCCAAGACCCAGGCCUGCUCGGGGUCCGAGAGCCCAAGCGACUCGGAGGGUGAAGAAAUCGACGUUGUGACAGUGGAGAAGAGACAGUCCCUCGGUGUCCGGAAGCCAGUCACCAUCACCGUGCGAGCAGAUCCUUUGGAUCCCUGCAUGAAACACUUCCACAUCUCCAUCCAUCAACAGCAGCACAACUAUGCCGCCCGUUUUCCUCCAGAAAGCUGCUCCCAAGGAGAGGUUCCAGAACGAGGGCCCCAAGAAGAGGGUCUGGAGAGAGAUGCACCAGAGGAAAAGGAAGAUGAGGCAGAUGAAGAAAUUGUGAGCCCCACACCUGUAGAAAGCGAGCCUCCCCAGUCCUUUCACCCCAAACCUGUCAGUUCUGACACUGAAGAUGUGACCAAGAGGAAGAACCACAACUUCCUGGAGCGCAAAAGGCGGAAUGACCUCCGUUCCAGGUUCUUAGCCCUGAGGGACCAGGUACCCACCCUGGCCAGCUGCUCCAAGGCCCCCAAAGUAGUGAUCCUGAGCAAGGCCUUGGAAUACUUGCAAGCCCUGGUGGGGGCUGAGAAGAGGAUGGCUACGGAGAAAAGGCAGCUCCGGUGUCGGCAGCAGCAACUGCAGAAAAGAAUCGCGUACCUCAGUGGCUACUAACUGACCAAAAAGACUGACUGCUCUGUCUUAACAAAGACCUGAGUUUAUUUUUUAACCUCCCCUCUCCCCCUUAGGAAUUUGCACAUUUUGGUUCCAGUGGGACAGCCUGGACAGUAGAUCCCAGAAUGCAUUGCAGCCAGUGCACACACAAGAAGGGCUUGCAUUCUUGGAAACCUUGCAACCCAGCUCUCCCUCUGCCCUGACUCAUGCAUGGGAGUGUUGUGGCUUCUCUGACGCCUUUGGCUCCUCAGGCAGGCAGCUGACUGAGGAGCCUUGGGGUCUGCCUAGCUCACUAGCUCCGAAGAAAAGCCUGACAGAUGCUAUGCAACAGGUGGUGGAUGUUGUCGGGGGGCUCCAGCCUGCAUGAAAUCUCACACUCCGGAUGAGCUUUAGGCUGGGAAAGGAUGCUCCCACUGGUGUCUCUGGGGUGACGCUAGGACAGCUGGGCCUGGACGCUCUCCCUGAGGCUCCUUUUUCCAGGAGACAUACAAGCUGUCUUGGGUGAAGAUGAGCUGCAGACUUGAUCAGCAGGGACCAUUACCUCACUGUCAGACACUUUACAGUAGCAGAGGAGUUAGAAACCUUUAAUAUAUAUAUAUAUAUAUGUAUAUAUAUAUUCUGACGUUAGAUGACACCCCUCCUCCCACGCUCCAUGCUGCGACCUUAAGAACAUUUAAAGAGCUUGGCCUCUAGAUUCUUUGUCUUAAAGUCCCCUGGGCCCUUUCCUCUGAGGGCAGAGACCAUUCGGUCCUCACCAGGGACUUUUUUGUUUCCUUCUGCCUUUGUUAUGCAGUGGACUCCAAGGCACCCCCUUUCCCACAGGUCAGAAAUAUUUCCCUGAGACACAGGGCAAAGUGUUCCAGCCUGUGGCCUGGGGAAGGCUUGGAGUCCUGGCUGCGAACUUGUUCCCUGUCCAGGUGUUUUCCAUCUUGGAAUCUUCUCAAAGCAGAUGUCAGGCACCUAAGGAGAGAGAACUGUACCACUUCCUCUUUCCCACCUCCCUCUCAUCUCAAUGAUAAGUUUGAAGUUCUGCUAGGACCAGGCAAACCUGUCCUUCUCAUGCAACUCCAAGGAGCUUGCUGGCUCUGUAGCCACCCUUGGCCCUCUGCCAGCCUGUCAUGAAUCAGAUCCCUUUCCCAGAAUCUGGGCCUUACUGCAGUUCUUACUGGGAGAGUUGCUGGGACGCAUCCAGUGCUCCAGAAGGCGGACUAGCUUCCUGGUGGGUUUUUAAGGAGCUUCCAGGAGCUCUGCUUAGUGGACCAUGAUGGAUUUUACCCCAGCUGGGCUGAACCUCUCCAAGUGGAUUCCAGGCACAGCCUCUGUUCUGAGAAAGGCACCCAACCCAACAGGUGUCAUGUGGGUAACCUCAGAAGCCCCUAAGCCUAGCCUGGAAGAAAGACUGGCCCCUCCAGAACUCUGCCCAGGGCAGCAGGUGCCUCCGGAUGGGGGUUUGAAAGUAGGGGAGGGGAGGAUGGUAGAACGCUAUACAUAUGGCUCUGGGAAGCCAGCUGCUACUUCCAAACCUGUUAUGCAUGGUGGUCUGUUCCUGAGGUUGCUUCCGGGUCUUUGAGAACCCCAGUGGAAGUUUGGGAAAAGCCUUCCUACCUUCUGGAGCAUGGUUUUUGGGAGCCAACUGACUUCUGGAACUGUCUUUGGAGAACAGGUGGGAUGUCUCACUUGAAUAGCUCAUGUUUUAUAAGCUGCUGUUGGGUAUCAUGCUGGGAGCAGUCUUCUCCUUUUUUUUUUUUUUUAAUACUGUAUUUUUGUAUGCCUUUUGCAAAGUGGUGUUCAUUGUUUUUGUACAAGAAAAAAACUCUGGGGCAAUUCUCCUGUUGCAAGAGUCUGAUUUAUUUUAAAAGGCAGGUUUACCUGAAAUUUUAUGUUUAGUUGUGAUUACUGAUUGCCUGAUUUUAAAAUGUUGCCUUCUGGAACAUCUUCUAAUAAAAGAUUUCU